AUGCCUCUCUCUCGACCCACCCGCCACCACGACGUUCCCCAGAGCAGCAGAUCUCCAAGAUCUACAGAAGCCAUGCUACAACCAUUAGGAGUCCCCGCACGCUUGCGGAACGAUGAAUCAUGGAUCGAUAUUAUUUCCCAGCCUUCCUCCUCCUCUCUCUCCUCCGUCAACGACGAAAUUGUAACCACAGGACUGCGCGUACAACAAGAUCCCAAUGUCCGUCGCCGACGUCGUGCCCACCCAGGCGCCCUAUCCUACACUCGCCUCGAAGCCAGACAAACAAGCACCAGCAGCCAAGAAGAGUACGAAGAGAGCGAGAGCGAGGAGGACCGCGUCAUGACCUCCUCCAACGAGCACAUUCUCCCCACAAAUUCGCACCGCGAGUUCGAGGCAAGACUCGAGUUGCACGCGGACUCGGACUCGGACUCGAACUCGGACUCGAACGAUGAGAAUGCCACGGCGUUGGGACACAGAACAGUUGCUGGACCUUUUACACCCCAACCAAACGCAUUCUCGCACCCGCCAUCUGCUGCAGGCCAACGACCCCGGGUCCCAGGGUCUUACUUCCCCCCUCACUCAAACGCGAGACCAGCGUACCCGUCGCGCCCAUCACGCCAGCACUCUUUCUUUAACACGCCCGUUGACCACGAUGCCGCUCUCCGCGCUUCCCUCAACACCCUGCUUUCUAUCGGUGCCGCAGCCGCCCGUGGCCUUCCGAAACGCAGCCAGAGCGGGAGCCCCAUGAUGAGCCAUGAGCCUAUGGGCUUACGCUUCGUUCCCGAAUCCGAGCUUCUCGGUCCGCCGCUCCCAGGAGCGGCGGCGAAUACGUCCCGCCCUCUUACGCCCUCUACCCGCGCCCGCAGCAGCCCAUCGAUAUCAAGCCAGGAAGCUAUUGAGAAAGGGAAGCGGAAAGCGGCGGCUGCGAAGCCGAGCGGGGAGAAGAGUAGAGCGCUGAAGAAGAAGAAGACACAAGCCCUGGAGGAGGAGAAAUUGAUUUCUCCGACGAUGCUGACGUGGGUGGUAUCCGCGGGUGUGCUGGUACUGAUUAGUGUGGUUGGCUUUGGCGCUGGCUAUGUCAUCGGACGAGAGGUGGGAAGGGGAGAAGUUAUGAGUGGGUUGAAUGGGGGUGAUUUGACCGGUGGAGGUGGGAACUGCGGGAGAGAAGCGGUGAGAAGCACUGGGGGCUUAAGGAGGUUCAAAUGGAGUAUUGGUGGCGCUGCUAAAGGUGUCGUUACAUGA